CUGAGCCCAGCCACAGUCUCGGGUGCGGCUUCACAACUAACAACACCUGCUGGAGUCGAGGGGUCUCCUGCUGCUGUUGCUGCUUGAGAAAAUGGCAGAGCAACUCGUCUCCAUUACAACUGCUGCUCUUGGACGGCCAUUCCAGUUGGGGAUGCUUUAUGACUGUCGCAGUGAUCAGCUUGUCCCAGGGGUGACACUCUGGAGUAAGUCCGACCUGGAGAAAGAUAUCAGCGUUAAAUCACAACGUCUUACGGAGUAUUCACUGGAGACCUCCAACUCUCUGACUGAUAAGUCCAAGGCACUUGAAAUAAACGCAUCAUUGAGGGGGAGUUUUGCUUGUGGCCUUGUAAAGGUUGAGGGUUCAGCCAAAUACCUGUACAACACCAGCUCCUCCAAGAAUCAAGCUAGGGUGACCCUGAAUUACUUCAUGACCACCGUGUUUAAACAGUUGACAAUGAGUCAGCUCAGUAGAAACAACGUCACAUAUGAAGAAGUGUUCAGGCAGGGGACAGCGACUCAUGUGGUUACGGCGAUUCUGUAUGGAGCUCGGGCCCUCAUGGUGUUUGACAGAGAUGUUUCAAAAGAUGAAUCUACUCACACCAUUGCAGGAGAAUUAAAAGCAUCGAUAGAGAAAAUCCCAAAGUUAGUCAUUCAUGGCAAAGGAUCACUGGACUUGUCUGCUAAAGAGAAGGAAGAAGCUGAAAAAAUCCGGUGCACUUUCCAUGGAGACUUUUAUAUUCGUGAACUUCCAGUUGACUAUUUAACAUCCCUGGAUGUGUACAAGAAACUGCCCACUUUCCUGGGUGAAGAUGGUGAGCAUGCAGUUCCCGUCACUGUGUGGCUUUACCCGCUCAGUCUGCUGGACUCCAGUGCUGCCAGGCUGAUGUAUGAGAUCAGUACUGACCUGGUCACCCAGGCAGAGCGUGUGCUGGACUCUUUACUAGAGGCAAUGGUGAUGUGUGAUUAUCUUUUAACAGAUCCCACAGUCAAGAUCUUCUACAACAUAGAAAAGAAAAUCAGUAAAUUCAAAACUCUGAUUGAGAGGUACAAGCUGUAUUUUCAAAAGAUGCUCGCUCAGAUUUUGCCAUCAGUUCGGGGAGGAACAACAAAUGCAACUGCACUUGGUGACAUCCUUGAGGCACACCGGACAUCACCAUUCAGUCAGCACAAGUUAGAGGGCUGGCUGUGCUCACUGCAGACCGAGAUUGGGGUGAUUGAGGCCCUGAUCAAUGGUAUGGAAGACAGCAAUGUAUCACUUCUAACUGGAAGGUUUGAUAGCAUAGAGCCUUUGAUUUUUAAUCCAAACAUUAAAUACAUUGUGAACUUCAAUUUGAACUUGUUAAGCAAUGAAAGCAAAAGUUUAAACACAAUGGAAAAUUAUUUUAUAUCUGAAGAACAAAAUAGUAUUAGAAUUACUGAUAUGGAGAACAAUGACGAGUGGGUACAUUCACAGGCAGACUGUGACAAAAUACGACUGAGAAGACAACUAUUUCUUGAUUUUGCAAGUAACAACCAACAGAAUGAAGCCAUCAAGUUUGUGGUUACUAGCAGGCCUGUUGAGAUGCAAGAAAGCAGUUCAGUUCUCUUGUAUUGUAAAGGGGAGCUGCGUAGCUCAGACUUUGAGCCCCCUUCAACUCCAGCUAUUCCUAAAGUAUUAAAAACAUCGAGUCAAUCAGCAGAAAUAGAGCUCUCCCUCCCGCCUCAUGGAUCAAAUGAGACAAUAAAGUACCUGGUGCAGUUCAGAAAACACACUGAGAGAGAGUGGAGGUCACAGAUGACGAGAGAAACCGAGAAAUGUUUCACUCUGGAAGGUCUUCAGAGGUCUACACAGUAUGACGUGAGAUAUGCAGCCGUCUGUGAGGCCGGAAUGGGACCUCCUAGUGAAAUCAUCUCUGUGAAGACUGGAGAACCAGAAUCAGCCAGCUGCUGCUGUGAACAUCUGGAGAAACUUGACCUGUCAUAUAACUAUAUCACUGAAGACUACAUCAAAAUACUGGCUCUAACAAUCCACAUCUAUAGACGUGUCAGCCUGUCUCGUUGUGGUCUCACCUCCAGAUGUUGCUCAGCGCUCUCCUCAGCUCUUUCUUCUCCAUAUUCACGACUGACUGAACUGAACCUGAGCGAAAACAACAACAUGGAGGAUUCAGGAGUGGAUCAGCUGUGUGAGGGGCUGAGGAGUGAAAACUGCAAAUUAGAGAAACUGACCCUGCCUUCUUGUGGUCUCACCUCCAGAUGUUGCUCAGCUCUCUCCUCAGCUCUUUCUGCUCCACAAUCACGACUGACUAAACUGAACCUAAGCAGAAACAUCAUGGAGGAUUCAGGAGUGGAUCAGCUGUGUGAUGGGGUGAGGAGAGAAAACUGCAAAUUAGAGAAACUGAACCUGUCUCAUUGUCGUUUCACCUCCAGAUGUUGCUCAGCUCUCUCCUCAGCACUUUCUGCUCCACACUCACGACUGACUGAACUGGACCUGAGCGGCAACAACAUGGAGGAUUCAGGAGUGGAUCAGCUGUGUGAGGGGCUGAGGAGUGAAAACUGCAAAUUAGAGAAACUGAACCUGCUUAAUUGUGAUCUCACCUCCAGAUGUUGCUCAGCUCUCUCCUCAGCUCUUUCUGCUCCACACUCACGACUGACUGAACUGAACUUGAGCAUCAACAACUACAUGGAGGAUUCAGGAGUGGAUCAGCUGCGUGAGGGGCUAAGGAGUGAAAACUGCAAAUUAGAGAAACUGAACCUGUCUGAAUGUGGUCUCACCUCCAGAUGUUGCUCAGCUCUCUCCUCAGCUCUUUCUGCUCCACACACACGACUGACUGAACUGGACCUGAGCUACAACAACAACAUGGAGGAUACAGGAGUGGAUCAGCUGUGUGAGGGACUGAGGAGUGAAAACUGCAAAUUAGAGAAACUGGACCUGUCUGAAUGUGGUCUCACCUCCAGAUGUUGCUCAGCUCUCUCCUCAGCUCUUUCGUCUCCACACUCACAACUGACUGAACUGAACCUGAGUGACAACAACAUGGAGGAUUCAGGAGUGGAUCAGCUGUGUGAGGGGCUGAGGAGUGAAAACUGCAAAUUAGAGAAACUGAACAUGUCACGUUGUGGUCUCACCUCCAGAUGUUGCUCAGCUGUCUCCUCAGCUCUUUCUGCUCCACACUCACGACUGACUGAACUGAACCUGAGAGGGAACAACAUGAAGGAUUCAGGAGUGGAUCAGCUGUGUGAGGGGCUGAGGAGGGAAAACUGCAAAAUAGAGAAACUGGACCUGUCUCAAUGUCAUCUCACCUCCAGAUGUUGCUCAGCUCUUUCCUCAGCUCUUUCUGCUCCACAUUCACAACUGACUGAAAUAAGUCUUGGUGACAUGGACGACCUCUUAAUGGUGAUGAACAAUAACAACAUCGGAGAUUCAGGAGUGGAUCAGCUGUGUGAGGGGCUGAGGAGUGAAAACUGCAAAUUAGAGAAACUGAACCUGAACUCAUGUUGUCUCACCUCCAGAUGUUGCUCAUCUCUCUCCUCAGUCCUCUCUUCUCCACACUCACAGCUGACUGAACUGAAGCUGAGCAGAAACAAACUGGGAUAUUCAGGAGCUCAUCAGCUGUGUGAGGGUCUGAGGACCCCAAACUGUAAAUUAAAGACACUGAGGCUGUCUGGUAAUGAGAUGAGUAAGAGUGAGAUGAAGAACCUGAGGUCACUACAGGAGAAGCUGAACAGGACUGGACGGCAGGUGGAUAUCAAGAUAUGAGAAGACAGGACAUGUUGAUCAACUGACCCCAGUGACGGUGCCCCCUGUCCACUCCCUCUAAAUUCUUCUCUUUAUCUAUAUAAAUAAAAUUCUUUUCGUGUUUGAAACGGAAAUGACGUAUGACCACAGAACAUAUUAUAAUAUAGGAACUUAUUAUUUGUGUGAGAGUUAUUUUACUGAUAUUAAAAAGAAGAAAAAAGACUGUUUAAAUAAGGAGCUGAGAAGGUGAAUGUAAAGAAGAAGCCAGCGGUAAAGUAAGUGAGACUCCGUAAUAAGGACGGUUGGGCGCACGGAGAAGGAGGGCCGGCUAACCUAGAAGGACCUUCGGAGCACACGGCUUUACUUUGCUUUUAUGCUGCGGGUGUCGGCCAUGGACGGCCGCUAAUGCCGAGACACCCGGGUGAGACGGACUUCUUCCUUCAACAAAGGAAUCGUCGCCAGGCCAGUGAGAUCACAUCUUUUACAUUUAAAUUCAGUAUAUGAGUCAGCGGAACAUAUCUGACUUUGAUCACUGGAUUUAUUGCAGAUUUCCCAGGCCAUGUGAAUUUAGACUUUAAAACAAGAACAUGCUGUUUGUAAAUAGGGUAAUUUUCCAUUUCUUUUCCUUGCUUGCUUUCUUUCUUUGCUGUUUUCUGGGCAGUAUAUUAUAGAGUGCUUAAGGGGGUGGCAUAUUAAUUAGGGUUUGUGUAGUUAUUAUAGAUUUGACAAGGAUUUAAAGGGUGUUUAUUGUUUUGCUUGAUUUAUAAUAUAUUCUUUUUUGAUUGUUUAAAGAAUUGUUGGGGUGAUUCUUUCCUUUGUAUAAAUUCAUAAAAGACAACUCCAGAUGAGGAUGUCAAAUUGGGGCAAAGGUUCGGUUGGCUUCCGUACUUAAUAGAAUUAAUUUUCCUAAGAGUAGGUUUUGUGUGUGCUGAGCUCCUCAUUCAACUUAAGAGGAACACGCUACACCUCGAUAGUAAAAGAGAUGAACAAAACAGCUUUGUGUCUUUCUACUUUUUAACUGCGCUGAGCUGUAAACAUAUGAAGACGAGACCAUCUUCAGCGAAGAGGGGCCGUGAGAACAAAGUGGACGCUGGGAGGCGCGGAAUGUCGGGCUUUUCCUCCUGGUCAGCAGCUUCAGGCAGCGUCCUCUCUUCUCGCACUAUUUGUCACACUUCAAGUGUCCUGUCGGCUCCUGGGACAGUAGAAAUCUUUGCGAAUAAGUGUAAUCGGCACUAUCGAAGCGGGACGCUCUUCGUAAAUUGUGGUGUACGGCUACUUACUGUCCCUUAAGAUGAAUUCGGGUCACUUAAACCCCGCAACAUUCAAGGUUGCUUUUGUGAUGAAUUCUUUUAAGAAAAUGGAGGAUCUAAAAAGAUGUACCGACCUCUUCAUGUUAAGUAUAAGACUUGGGAAUUAUUUGGACCUUCUGCCCGUUAAGCGUGACAGAAAGGCAGCGUCCACAUUUCAAGGUUGUCAAGCAGGUAGUUUGCCUGAAACCACUGCAGUACUCAAUGUAUCUUUACUUCUGAAAUGUUAAUGUUUGACUGUUUAAUAAUUUAUACGCU